AUCGUUCAUUUACACCGCGAUUACCGAACAACCGUGUCUGCCAACUGUCACCGACCACCGCCAUUACGGUACACAGUGCGAGUCCUAUCGAACGUGUCAUCGAUCGAGAAUCGAUAUCAACGACAACCUGUAGGAGUUCGCGGUACAGCGUGUUACGUCAUUGACCUGUGCAAUUACAUAGAUCCGUAAAUCGAUGUAUCGAUCCUGCAUCGACAAGUAAUAACGCAGUGACACCUCGCGGACUGCAAGUGCGUCGGGGUGGGGGGUGAGGUUAGGACAUUAUUCGAAGGUGUUGCGCAUCAAUCUAUCGAUACGUUUAACAUGGCGUUGGCGGGAAAACACUAAAGGUUGGUUUAUGUCAUUUGUUCAAGCGGGAGACGAUUUCGGAACGGUUUCAGGCAAAGACAACAGUGCUAAUUUGUGACAGCAACUCUCGUACGUCAUAUUUUUCCUUCGUAUAGUGAUUAUCGUUUAAUAAUGUUUUUGUAUUUACUUCCAAAGAAUUUAACAUCCAUAGCGUUGCUACAAGACGAAGAUGAGAGAACGGUUAUGCUGUAUACGUAAUGUUGAAACGGAGGAGAACUAAUGGAAAAUAUUGGAUACUACUGAAGAAUUUAGUGAGUUUGUUCUAAAGGCAUGACAAUCGAUUAAUAGAGCUACGUGAACACAUGGCAUUUUUAUGUUAAAACAUGGCGACAAUCAUCGGUUAGUAUGACAACUGAAACUGUGUGUACCAAUAGUUGACACAUAACAAUUCUGCAUUAAUUUCUUACAGUAUAAAAAUAUAAAUUCUAAUAGUCUUUGCCUGAACGAAAUCGUUCAGUGUGUCCACAAAUAAUAUAAAUCAACUUUUUCCGCGGACGUUCAGCAUGGAAUCGAAAGAGACUUCGAGGAUGUCGAAGACGUAUCGCGCGUUGAAGAAGGUACGAUGAAUGUCCGUACAAGUGGCGAGGUUGACCGUCGCGUGGUAAAGAAGAGGAGCUGCCGGAAAAGAAGCUGGUAGCCGUGCAAGGAGAUAUCGCGGUGGGCUCCGUCGAGGCUGUGCAAGUGAAAUCACGACGUCUUGCCCGGAGGGUGGCUACUUCGGCGACGAGGGGCGGCUACUGGCCGAUGGGAUGCAUCUACCGGUGGGUUCUGUGGGCUGCGGGGAGAAUUACGCCACCGUUGGAUCCCACGAAGGCGCCGGCCCGUGCGGCCCCUCACUGGCGCCUCUUCAAGGGGUGAACACCAGGUACCAACAGGCCGACGACGUCGACGCCGGGGGAGGAGGUGGCGAAAUGAGCGAGGGUGCCGCCGUCGGCGAGCUCUGGUGGACCGAGAGGCUCGUCGGCGAGGCACAGGCUGAACACCCUGGUGAAUUGGUCCGAACAGGAUCACCGUAUUUUCUCUGCAGCCAACUACCGACACACUGGCGGUCCAACAAGGCACUUCCGGUGGCGUUCAAAGUUGUCGCCCUGGGCGAGGUCGGCGAUGGAACUCUGGUGACAGUGCGAGCGGGUAACGAUGAAAACUGUUGCGCCGAGCUAAGAAAUUCCACUGCCUUGAUGAAGAACCAAGUCGCCAAGUUCAACGACCUCAGGUUCGUCGGUAGAAGCGGCAGGGGGAAAAGCUUUAGUAUCACCAUCACGGUGUCGACCACACCACCCCAAGUGGCCACCUACACGAGGGCCAUCAAGGUGACAGUGGAUGGACCGAGGGAACCGCGUUCUAAAACGAGACAGACGCAUAUACUUGGGCCAGCCCGGGUUCCUGGACCAACCAGAGGAACGUUCCUUCCAUCGAGUCGUUUCACCCCUUACAUACGGGACACAGAACCGUACAGGAGGAAUAAGCAUCACGUCGGCAACAACGUCAUCACGAAUUCGGUUAGUGGUGCCUGUACCAACCCGAACAACACCGACCCGACCGCAUCGCCUGCUUCCAGUACACACCUCGGGGCUACCGGUGGUUCUUCGGCUCAUCAGGAUUGCUACAAGCACAGUCCUCAACAUGGUGAUACGGGUGCAGGCGCAACGGAAUGGGCCUAUUCGUCGACGGCGCCAUCUUAUCCAGCACCUCCGGUAAGCAGCGGUGGUUCCUUUUCACCGAUUCCUGGCGGAGCGUUCUCGUAUCUCGGUGAACCUCUGGCCCAUCAUCCAGCCACGGAGCCCAUGUCGUUACCUGCUGAGAUGCGAAGCGAGGUAGGAGAAUGGCUGCCCACCUGUGUAGGUUCACCGAUAUGCAUCCUGCUGCUGUCCUGGUCUCUUCUGAUCUAUCAGAAUCAACCAUCUUCCGCAAAAAGAAGGAUCGACGUGUUCACGGUGGCCGUUUUAUCCGAGAGCCUCGCUCAUCAACUUGGAUUGCUUCUGUACGCGAUUCUUACGCUCAUUCGACCGAGUAAUCACUUUGGAGAAUUCUGCUCGACCCUAGUGUGGAUACUGAACUCGUCCACCAUCCUCCAGGAGCUGACUCUGACGUCCAUCGCCAUUUUCACUGCGAUCAGCACCAGGGACGAUGGCCUGAACCUCACGAAGAAUCACCUGAAGUAUCACCUGGUUAGCCUGAGCGUGAUCAGCGCGUGCAUCGGAGUAACAGGUGUUCUGAACUUUGAACCCGAGCUCUGCGUCUUCCUGGCGCAAGAAAUUUCCCUAAAAUACGGAGUCUUCGUGAAUUCUCUGCGAUGCCUGCUGAUGUUCACCUCCGUUGUCAGCCUGCUGAUGGCUCUGUUCAGGAGAGUUUGUCGCACACCGAAGGCGGAAUUGUUGAAGUCCGUGUCCGACCUGUCGGAGACCAGCUCGAAGAACUCUUCGGGAGCUUUCGAUUGUCAUCCACAACAUUGGGAUCCGUCGAGUGGAUCCUGCACCAGUGGAUCGACGAACAGCAGAGCGUGUCUGAGGAAGAAGAAGGUGCAGGUGGACGAGGCCAGUGGCAGGCCCACCAUUUAUAGCAUCCUCUUCGUCUGUUACGUUUUUCAACACCUGCCAAUGCUUGUCAUAUCCAUCAAGCCGGGACUCCUAAGGGAUUUCUGCACACCCCAGAAUCUGGCGACUUGGCUCCCCCUGGUAAAAGACACCCUUCUUCCGGUCUUCUUGGCGCUGUUCGACAAAAUGUUUUGUCGCUACGUGGCGAAGGUGUACACGAAACAGGAUCACGCGAGAAGAUUGUCGCACGGUGGUAUAGACGGAAAAUUUCGUCACUUCGAACAGGACGCCGAAUACAAGCUGCAGUUGAACCUGAACCACGGUCUUAAGUUCCCCUUGACUAACGGAAGCCUGUACGGACGAUUGCACAAUCAUCAGAACAGAGGAAAGACUGGAACGAUCACGAUGGGAAUACAACAUUACCCUAGAACUCAACCACUCAACGAGGAUACUAACUACGCUUCUUUGCCGGCUGAAAUGUCCUCAUUUACCAGUUCUACCUUUGAGCCGCGUCAAGACUCGAAUUCUACCGAAACUGCAAAGAAAACCAACAUGGAACAACAGAACAAAUGUCCAAGACUGAACGAAGGCUUGCACGAGUUGCCUUGUAGUCGUAGGAAGAUCGGUAGCACCGAUGUGUUUGGACAGAAUAUGGAGAACUUGGUUCAGUUAGAAGAUCCUUGCAGUAAACGAAAGUUUACCAAAAGUCUGGACGAGAUUAGAGAGGAACCUUCGAGAAGACACGCGAGGAGCGUGCUUGGCUUGGAGAAUUUGAUCAUGGGACUGGAUAACAGCGUGCAAGAACAGCAGCGUUAUCCUAGGAUUGCUCUUCGAAGAAAUCAAAGUUUCGAUCAUACUAAAUGCCAGUCAUACCAUCGCCCGUUUCUGGACUCGAGGACGUACGAUUUAAAGAAGCAGGAUCAGAGGAAAGAACAACCGAGUUUUCAAAGACAGGAGCCCCAGGAGGAGGAAGCGGACGGAUACGAAACGUCUGACGAUGAAAGCUGUGAUCUAGAGAACGGAGACUUUGACACAAUGAGCUCCUGCAGGAGUCGAAGCAGAAGCUGUUGUUCCGUCACUACCGUAGCUAAUGACGAUUUCGAAUAUUUUCAACGUAAGGGAACUAAGGUGGAGCUGUUGCCCUCGAAGAGAGUCAGCGAGGUAAAGGUUAACAUGCGAUCUUUCACGCCGAGGAUCAUCGAGGACGAAGCGAACGAUCGCAAGGAGAAGAAGAACAAACUAAUAGAUACAAAACCGUCCGUACAGUCGUAUCGUUUGAAGAAGCAGAGAAUCGGACCUGGUUAUUCGAUGAAUGACCUGGACAAACUCGCUGUAGAUAGGAAAUUACCGGAUCUCUCCAUCGAGAGUCUGAAAAGCAUUCUGAUGAACUCGGACGUCAGCUACCUAGACAACGGGGACAUCUGCAGGCACGACAUUGGGGGGUCUGCGCCUGAUUUGAAGAAGAUCUUCGUGACAGAGUUUAUAUGAUAAGCUUCCUAUGGCGCGCGUUUAAGAACUAGAGUUAGGAAUCGAAGAAAGUUUAACAAACUUUUGGGUCCGAUUCGUGGAUGAAUUUCUAUAAAAUAUGUAGGAUGAUUGUACAAAGUGUUCACAGUGUAAAAUUAAGAGAAUUUCUUCGUUUAAGAAAAUGAGAAAUCGCAAGGUAAUCUCAUGCAGUUCCUUUACGCUUCAGAUCUAGAAAAUUAUAUAACAGCUGCACGGAAGUAGUCGAAUUGGAAAGUUGGCUAACGCAACUGGUCUGGAUUAGGUCAUUAAUUAAUUCAAUUGUCAGUCUCUUUGUUUCUGUACAUUCGAUAACAAUCAGUUCCUCAAGGUUCGUGUCAGCUUGGUGAACGUGACGAUUUGAUCGCUGAUCUUUGUGCAACAGGUGUUCUUACCUCUACGCUUUCAUCUUUCAAAGCCUUAAUGCGACUUUAUUAAUCAAUGUGAUAAAUUAUAGAUCAGACAGUCGAAAUUAUAAGAGACUGAAUUAGAGGCGGUAAAGUUAAACUAUGUAAAAUAUAUCUGUAAAUUAUUUUCAUUAUUUCUGCGAUUUUAAUUCGCGCGUUGUUUUAUAAGAAAUCUUCGAAAGAUGUUCAUUGUCCCGAGUAUUGUAUGCAGAUCGUUUUGUAUAUAUCUUGUACAUUUGUACGGUAUUAUUUAAUUCGGUAAUUAUAAUGAAUUUAAUAAUACACCAUAUGAGCAUAUAUGUAUAAUAAAUUAAAAUUAAAAAUAAAUGA